AUGUCUCGACACCGUGUCAAGGAUGUUGGCUACGACGACGACGAUUAUUAUUCCGACGAUGGGUAUGCGUCACCUGACCCCGAAGAACAGGAGUUCCUGCAACAGUGUACCACAGCUGUUUUGCAACAGCUUGGUGCGGGGCAAUCCCCGGUGACUGCUACGAAAGAAGAAGUCCAAGAGGCUUUGUGGCAUUAUUACAAUGAUAUCGAGAAAUCGGUCAACUAUUUGAGAGGUAUGUGCAGUCUUUUGAACAAUGUUCUAACAGGCAUUCCAGUACCAGCAUACCCUGCUCCACCAUCCACGGCAGCACACUUCUCGGCCGCUGACUUCUUUCGCGACUGUCCUUGGCUCAACGUCCCCGCCCACCGAAAGGCGGACAUCCUGGUUGAACCUCUAUACCCGCGCUUGGGUCUUUUAGGAGGUGCGCCCGAAGGUGGUGGGAAGGUCUCUAAGCUGGCUGCUUUGGCUGCCGCUCGGAAGAAAAAAGAGGGUGCUACGCCAGAGGCCUCAACACCGCCUACUCCUCAGUCUGAUCGAACUGAGGUAUCAUCACCUGAUCCUCGAGGCACCACACGGUCCCUUCGUGAGAGACUCGCAGCCAGCGGUAAGCCGACAACGACACCCAAGUCUUCUGAGAGCCCUGGAUCCACGAACCGUCCGACAAAGCCAGUUAUGCGUUCGCCCUCUCUAUCAGCACAGAAAGAGUCCACGACUGAGGCUAAGAGACCGUCCGUACCGCAUGUACCUCUGCGGGUUUCUCCGACUGCCAAUGAGCCCAAAGAGUUAGAGCAUCAGCAGUCAGUGCCGAGUAUUCGUGCCUCGCCCUCUACAUUUGCGAGUACCAUUGUCGGGACAACUGGUCCCACAAUUGCCGAGCCCAGCCAUCUACACUCAAGCGGCACCGAUCUUCUAAAGAUUUAUGGACAAAAUGACGCUGAACCUUUUGACUUUGCAGCACCCAGCCCCGACGAUGUCGUUCUCAAUGCACAGAACACAGCGAAAGGGCUCAAGUCGAAAGCGGCUGCAUCGAAGUCGACUGGUGACAAAAAAGGUCAAUCUGAAGUGGCUGGUGGCAUGAAAGAUUUAUCAAUUGAGGAUAAGGUGACGGUCAAGAGCAAAAACCUUGAUGUUCUCGCAGAAUAUAAGAAGUCCACUCGCAAGAAGUCCGCCAACUUUGUGGUCAUUGGUCAGUAUAUCCCCAGCUAG